CAAACUGUUGUGCGCCAGUUACCAUGUUUGCGUUGCAUAAACAUUUGCGUUAUUACUUUGGCAAUCGUUAUUAUAUGUAUUAUCGACAAUGCUCGCAAAAAGCGAAAACGGGCAUAAUGCUACUAAAUAUGGGUGGCCCGGAAACUAGAAAGGAAGUACAAAAUUUUUUAACACGUCUAUUCUCUGACAAAGAAAUUAUCCGUAUGCCGUUCCAAGAGUAUUUAGGAAUAUUUUGUUACAAUCUAGUCUUCUAGCUCGUUUUGUAGCAUGGAAAAGGUCACCUAAGAUCGAGGAGCAGUAUUCUCGAAUUGGUGGUGGGUCUCCAAUUCUCUAUUGGACCAGAGUACAAGGUGAAAUGAUGGUAAAACACUUAGACGCUAUUAGCCCAGAAACAGCUCCUCAUAGAUUCUACGUCGCAUUUCGUUAUGUCCAUCCUCUUGUGGAAUCUUGUGUUAAUGAAAUGGAAAGGUAUUUUUGUUCGACUUAUUUUACUCCACUGUAGAGACGGUGUAGAGCGUGUUGUUGCUUUUAGUCAGUAUCCACAGUACAGCUGUGCUACUUCGGGAAGCAGUUUAAAUGCCAUUGUUCGUCAUUACGAAAGUGAAGAAAAAACUUUCAAUGGUGUGGAAAGUAUUGAGCUUCCUUCUGUACAGAACAAAAUCCCUGGACCAAUCUGGUCCUUUAUUGACAGAUGGCCUGUUUUCCCCCCGUUGGUUAACAGUUUCGCCAAUAAAAUUCUUGGCGAGCUCCAGAGUAUUAAUGAUGAAACAGAGCGUGCGAAUACCGUCCUAAUUUUCAGUGCACAUUCGGUUCCACUAUCUGUCGUCAAUCGCGGUGAUCCUUAUCCUCAGGAAGUAGGUGCCACUGUUCACGCAAUCAUGAAACAACUCAAUUUUUCAUGGCCUUAUCGUCUUACUUGGCAAUCUAAAGUUGGUCCAGCUGCUUGGUUAGGUCCAUCAACAGUAGACACCCUAUAUGGGUUGAGUCGUUUGGGAUAUCGACACGCACUAUUAAUUCCUGUUGCAUUCACUCUAGAUCAUAUUGAAACCCUGUAUGAAAUGGACAUAGAAUAUUGCUCUGAAAUAGCAGCUAAAGCCGGUAUGGUUUCUGUACGCAGAUCACAAUCACUGAAUGGUGACCCUGCAUUCAGUCAAGGCCUAGCCGAAUUAGUCCUAGACCACCUUCGUCGGGGUGAUCCAUGCUCGAAACAGUUCAUGCUUCGCUGUCCGAUGUGUACUAACCCAUCUUGUGAACGUACCAGAAAGUUCAUUAUGGCCCAAAAAGAACGAGUACAUGGAUGGACAACUCUGCACUUGCCGAACAGUGAGCGUGUACGCUUAUGUAGAUAUAACUAAAGGCUGAAACCAUUUCUAAUUGUUUCUAAAUAAAAAUUUUCUGUUUCGAA